AUGCAUCCCCAUCUUCACACCAAAGAUAAUCGAGGUUGUGAGGAAGUCAUGAACGCUCUGGAAGAAUGCCAUGCUCGAGGAUUUCUCUGGAAGGCAGCCGGCAUGUGCAAUGGUUUGAAACGCGACGUCAACAAGUGUUUGAGGGCGGAGAGGUUGGAUAGGACGGCGUCGAAUCGGGACGAGGCGAGGGAGAAGAGGCAGAAGAUGAAAGCUGUGUGGGCGGAGAUUGAUGCCAAUUCUUGA